UUCGCUGGUGUAACCGUUAAUUGAUUGCAUUAUAUUCUUAUACUAUGCUAUAUUGUAUUGUUGUAUAUUUUAUUCCGUGUUAAAUCCCUGUACCUACAUCAGGAACGCUUACUUUACGAGUAAGCGAUGAAACCUUUUGUAUCGAAUGUUCGGUUUGUAGUUCACCCCUUAACCAAGGGUAGCAGGUUGUUUUUAGACGAAGAAGAAAAAUUUCAAGAAAAAUUAUUGCGAUUAUCUGAGAGCACAUUUUCUGCCCACAACAGUGAUUUGCCACCUGUGUUGAAAAUCCUUCAACAGCAAGUGAUCAGUGACUGUGCUGUAGGUCCUAACCAUCUCUCGUUCCUUCUUGAUGAUGGCAGAGUAUGCAGAGUGGGCUAUACUGCAAAAUCUAGGGUCGCGCACAGUGAAAAAACUUCUGAAGAUUUACCGAAAGAAAAAAAUCAACAGAACAGCAGAGCUGGAACAAGAAUGUGCAAAUCCAUGCGUACUUCAAGCGACCCACCAUGGGCUCUGACGGCGGAUUUUCUUGGCAUGGGAAGUUCAGGUUCGUGGUCAAGAUGGGGAAAUAGAAUUGGUGUUGUACGCUCUACAACUUCCUCAUCUGGCACCACCACUGCAGUGACGACUUCAGCUCGUAAAACGACGAGAGGUUCUACCAACUCCACUAGCAUAUCAAGCUCCAGUAUUCGUCUUAUACGAACCGGGCAAGUACGAGGCAGAAACCUUCCACUGAUGUCUAGCGGUCAACGAGCGAUAUUAUCCGCCCAAGUGCCUGAAGAUUUGAUUAACCAAGUUCAGAACGUGCUGCAGGGAAAAUCUCGUAACGUGAUCAUACGGGAGUUGCAGAGAACCAGUCUCGAUGUGAACCUCGCUGUUAAUAAUCUGCUGAGUCGUGAUGAUGAGGACAAUGAUGACAUGGAUGAUGCCGGAGCAGAUUACAUCCAUGGUGAGGAACUGAUGUCCUUAUUUGAGGGAGCAGUGAACUCCGGGGACCAUCCGAGAGUCGUCAUUGAUGCAGAGACGAUGCUUCCAGAGGAUUUACUCGGAUACACGUUUCCAAGUCGCACCUCAACCCAGCAGCGUGGAUUGGGAGGUUCAAGUGAUCGUAAUGCUGAUAAAGAAGAGCCAGAUGAAGAGAGCAGCAAACAAGGAAGCUCGAAUUGGUCGGAAGCCAAGAACUCCGAUUCAGCUCAAGCUUCAAAACCUCAAACAAAACCAAUACCUGGGUCAAGUGUUGAUUCUGGAUUAACGCUCGGUAGUGACAUCGAGUGGUGGAUGGAUGGGGACGAACCAGUCAAGUUUAAAUUGAUUGGAGCAAUGCAUAGUGAGCUUACUGGUGUAGACCUUGAGGGUUGUCUACGUCAGUGGAAAUGGUCAAGUGAGAAACCAUAUCAUGAAACUAACUUUCAUCCAAGGACGGAGUUUCUCGAACUUGGGGAAGACAAGAUUUCAUUUCUUGCUACCAGUUCGAUUCGAGCCUCCGUUGUAACAGAAGGUGGCGCUGUUGCUACUUGGAUGGACGAGACAGUAUGCGCCCACACAGGGUCACUGGAGAGUCCUCGGCAGCCAUCGGAUUCGUUGAGAAACGAAAAAGUUAAAUCUCUCUGUAUUUGCCCGCUUUACUCUGCUGUUCUUACUGAAGCUGGUCGUGUAUACUGGUGGGGUAUUCUGCCAUUUAGUCAGAGAAAAAAACUGCUGGAAAAAUCACAAAACAAUUUGCUGCAAAACACUGAGAAAUCUGAGAUAUCAGUUGGAAGCCAAGUAUGUCUACGUAGCUUACCAUCCUAUCAUGCUGGGUCCAUUGCUAUCAACACUUCAAGUGGUGAACCAAGAGUUGGCCGAUUACUUGAAGUCGUGUGGAGUCUUGAGAAAAAAUGCUCGUUUAAAAUACUCAGCAGUUCACAGCAAGAAAAAGAAAAUGAAAAGCAGCUUGAGCCCAAAUCUGAGACGAGUUUGUUGGAUUCUUGCAAACCAGGAAAGAGAAAAAGAGACAGCUCUGUGGAUAAAGAAGAGAAUAAGGAAGAGGAGAAUACGGAGCAAUGGGAUUUGAGAGAAGUUGUUUUUGUGGAAGAUGUUAAAUCUGUUCCUAUUGGUAAAGUGGAGAAGGUGGAUGGGAACAUAGUUGCCGUCAACUUUUCAUCAGAUAACCCUGGCAAUCGUGAUUCCUCACUGCAAUCAUGUCGCCUGCUUCACAAAGAUGAUGUCGUGAUCGUAAAAACACAAGCACCAAGGAUGCUCGACUGUUUACAGAAAACACCCCGAAAGUUGCAGUGCGAUCCCCAACUAAAGUUGCAUUGCAUCAGUGCUAUGGAGACAGGCAUAACAGCUGUGGCAAACAAGAUGAACAACAAUCUUGGAUGUAUUCAUCUUAGUUUGACCUCAGGAAAAGUUACAAGUCGCCGUAGAUUUCCAACUAAAAUUGAUUCCUUUUUACCUACUGGUGCUGAACUGCCUCCUGGUAUGUCAAGUCUACCAGGACCAACACAGAAACCAAACAAAACCAAAUCCUGCAAGUUGCUCAAUAAAGGACAGGAGUACCCAUCUCUAUUAGUUGAUUACAAUUCCAUGGUAUACCCGCUGUUGGGGGACGAAAAUGGUGGAAUCAAAGACCCAAUAUGGGCCGACAUCCCACCUCUCUUUGCUUCAGGCAUGGGUGUUCAUUCGGAAAAUGGAAGCAACAAGAUGCAUGCUGUAACUGUUCUUGCUUUCCGCAACCACGUAUUAAUGCCACUUGUAUUACGACGAGAUCGUGUCGCAUUUGAAUCUCUAAUAUCAAGUGUUGAGUCCAACCAAGCGCAAGGGUGGAUCCAUGUAUUCAACCAGAGCUUAUGUGAGGAGAAAUGUGAUGGCCAGCGUAACUUACUCCACAUGUGUAUUGAGAUGACAAUCCCUUCAUCAAAUAAGGAGCAGAAAGCGGAUGAAAAAGAGAGGAAAACCAGAUCCCCCAAACCUCCCGUUAAAUUCCCGGAUACUUCACCAACCACCAGAGGUAUGAGAUGCCCUGAGCCUUCAAGCUCAAGAGAGACACCUAGUGGUAGUAUGUACAUGUCGAAUGAUGAUCGCAUGGAAGCAGUGAAUGCGAUUGCAAAUGCAAUCUCUUUGGUUAACCGUUCAUCUCCACAAUCCAGUCGCAACCAGUCUGAACCGGUUCCUCGCCCUGCUCAAAGGCCAGCUAGCGGGGGUCAAUCAGGUGAACAAAGGUCAGAUGAAGGUCAACCGGGGUCGAGUGAUUCAUCUGGCCGACAAUUCUCCUCACUCAACACUUUCAUGGAUUUUUAUUCUCGUGCUCAUGGAUUGUUGGGUGAAUUGGUAAACCCAGAGGUUAGCCCCCCACAGAGCCCCGUAUUAACGUGGCCCCCUGAGUUACCCUCAUACUGGAAGUCUGUUGCUGAUAAUAAGGAUGGUGAUCAAAGUGAAGGGAUGAAUCUGUCAACAUCCGAUGCGGGAAAGAGCAAAUCUUCCUGGAGUGAGUUCCCAUCCGAGAUGCGGGAUCGUGGAACAAGAGGAGACGCGGUUGCCAUCCUGAAGCUUCUCUGCAAAUCAAAGUCACUUCAACCUUUCAUCAAAACUCUGCUUACACUCAAAGAUGCAUCCGGAUAUACUCCCUUCAUGUUUGCAGUUGCCCAUCGUGCUUACACAGCUGCUCAAGUUUUGUUCCAAGCUGCUCUUGAUAUUGCUAAGGAUGCAUCAGAUGAAACAAACGAUAAAAAAGAAAAGCCAAUGAUUGAGACAUUGAAUGAUGAUGACAUAAACAACCUGAUGCCGAUGCUUUAUCCUGCUGGUUCCCACCCUGAUGAUAAUCCAUUAUACAUGUUAUGUUGUAAUGAUACUUGCAGUUUCACUUGGACCGGUAUUCAGCACAUUAACCAGGAUAUAUUUGAAUGCUUGACUUGUGGAUUAACCGAAAGUCUGUGUUGUUGCACUGAAUGUGCGAGGGUCUGCCACAAAGGACACGACUGCAAGUUGAAACGUACGAAUCCAACUGCAUAUUGCGACUGUUGGGAGAAAUGUGCUUGUAAAUCUCUGGUUGCUGGUGAUAAUACUGAGCGUACAGCUUUACUAAGGACAUUAAUAUACACCACAAAGUUAUACGAAAAACCAGAUUCAUCAGGACAGCAUAUUAUGCAAUUUCUGAUACAAACGAUAGCGAGACAACUUCAAGAACACGGUCAGUAUCGACCUCCAAACAGAUCAGCUCGGAUCACUUUGUCAACCUCCAGAACCAGGGUUUCCCAUGCAAAGUCACCUCAGCAGGACCAGGAUUGGCCUGAACAUGAUUUACGACCGCCACAGUUUUGCCAGGGAGCUCUCCUUCUGUUGCUGGAUGAUUGGAAAUCACUUCGGUCUCUCAUCCUCAGUGGUUGUGACAGUCGUCGUGACAACCAGUGCAUGAGUUCCCAAACAUCCGAAGAUCGAGGAACAUUUUAUCUUCUCCCUGAAGAUGAGAAGAUUCUGGAUAAUCAGACAGGCACAUCACGACUUGACAUCUUCACACACACAUUGCUGGUGAAAUGUCCCAAUGCUGAGUUUGUUGAUAAACUGCUUGAAACUCUCAUCCAUUCAAUUCAAACAAAGAAAGGCAAACAGAAGGACGAAAGCAUCAUGGUUGCACGGAGAUUUCUAAGAUCCGUGAUUCGUAUUUACAUCGUACUCACUGCACAACUCACACCAGAGAAAGUUGUCACUCAGUCCACACUUUACCACCAACCACUUUAUAAAUGCAGGAUCGCUUUCAUGGCUUUGCUGCCACUUGCUGCUGAGGAAUUAUGCGAAACAGCUGAAAGUUUGAUAGCACCUGUUCGAAUGGGAGUAGCUCGUCCAACCACACCUUUCCCACUCGUUAUUACCAACAGUGAUGUCACAAAUGGAAGUUCAACAGCAUUUUCAAGACUUCCUUUCCCACCGAGAUCUGGAGCAUCAGAUGAUGAAGAUCAAGAUCAGGAUGAACAGCAGAAGAUCUCUCAUCACCGAAGACGGAAGCGAGGAAGACAUUCAAAGAGGGGAGGAUCACGUAGAUUCGGAUCAAGGAGGACUCAAAGAGCUCAUGAGGCAUCUUCGGAAGUCCGAGAUCGAUCAGAGGAGGUAACUGCGCAGUCUUCCUCCGCUGCUGCUAAUGAGGCGGGAAAUGAUCAUCCGGAUGCGUCUCAGGAAAAUGAAGAAGCAACUCAGGAAGCCGAUACCUUGGAGAUUACCCAGGGUUCGAUGGCUAAUGAUGGGGAGCCACACGAGGACAGCAGAGAUGUGAACAUGGAUGAUGAAGACGAAGAGAAUGAAGAGAAUAACCGAGGAGAGGAGGGAGUGAGAGAAAGUGAGGAGCGAGGAGAGGAGGAAGAUGACGAGGAUGAUGAAGAUGAAGAGGAGAGAGAGAGCGAUAUGGAUUUAUCCGACUUUGAGCUCUGUCUUCCAGAUAGCGAUAGUGAAUCAGCAGCAAGCAACGAGACUUACCAAGUCACUAGAUCGAGACGUCGUGAUCAUGAAUCUCAAGAUAAGGAUGAUGAUGACAGUGAAGAGAAUGAUGAGGAAGAUACGGACUCUGAUCACUGGGAAGAUGAAGUUCCUCUUGAAAGGCAAGCAACUCGUCAGUUGCGUGAUCAAGCCCGUCAAGCCCCUCAUGCAAUGCAGUGGGCCAUGGAAAGCAACUCAACUGCACGAAUUAAGUCACCCAAUAACGCAAGCGCAGCGUCGUCAAGCAGGGCCACUGGGGGUCUCUCUGGAGUCACAAGCCCCGUGAUGUAUUUCAAUUCAAGAUCUGUCGGACGUAGAGAAAAUUUACAAAAUGCUUACAUCAGCACCAUCCUGGAUCGGCAUCGAGCUUUAAACAAUCGAGCCAAACCUGACGAAGCGCGACCCAACUCAUCAGCCGUGACCAACGCACAACUUUCCCGCUUGUUCGGCAUCUGCAUGAGGGAAAUAUCCCACCUUGUAUCCGUUCUAAGGAAGGGAGAUUACUUAUCUGAAGCCCCACUGUCCACAGUGCUUGAAAUCUCAUUCAAGGAAUCAACAGAAUUACGAAACUUCAUUGAGCAGCGGACAGAAGCCACGUGGCAAUGGCUUCGUUCCGUGGUAUCCGCCACGGAAGCACAGCUUCGUUACGGACAGGUUCUCUCAAUUGCAUCAAGUCCUGCCCACCCUGAACAUCCAAACUAUAAAAGAGGUGAGGGGAAGAAAGCAAGAGAUGUUGGCAGGCACAGCACCAAUAUGAGUGAAGAAACUGCAGCAAGACAGGAUUUUUUGUCUUACGCUUUAUCACUGAUGAGGUCGCACACGAAUGAACAUUCCGAUCUUCUACCCAUAGUAGAUGUGAGUGCACUCAAGCAUAUAGCUUAUGUUUUGGAUGCUUACAUUUUCUACCUUCGUGGUUUGUCAUAUAAGAACACCGAGGGCAAAAAAACUGGCGAUUCAUCACGACACAGCAUUUCUCUUGAUAUUGGUUAUGACAACAGUGAAAAUGAUGAGGAAGAUGACGACUUCAUGAACUUUCCGGGUGAUCUUUACUCUGUUGCGAUCCAACAAGAUGCCUCGAGCACUAAGAGCACAGAAGACUCCUCAUCAAGUCUUUCCCAACCUCCGCAAUCUUUCUUCCGAAGAUCAGAGUCCAUGGACUUCCUCGGGGAGAGUGAGAUUCCAAAUCUCUUCGAGAUUCCUCUGCCAGUUGCUCUUCCUCUUGCUGAGAAGCCUCAUCUUCUCCAACCAACUGCAAGGAAGGAAGAUCUCUUCGGAAGACCCAGAAUUGAUUCCUCCCACUCUGCCACUUCAUCCAUGGGUCUCUCCUCUCGUGUUGCUUCUGUGAAUGACGUAAAUCAAGAAAAAGAGGAGAACAAGGAUCAGUUAUCGGAGGAGUCAUCUAAGAAGAAACAGAUCGUCGCUGAAUCCUCCACUCUUGGCUCUUCCAACUUCUCUCCUGUUCUUGAAUCAGUUGAAUCUUCAUCAGUCGAUCCGGAAACUCAAUCCACAUCCACCAGCAUUCCUGGAUCAUCGGAGAACAACUCAUCGGGAGUCAAAUCCUCCAUAGAAGAAAAGGAAGCUCCAUCCACAUCAGAUGAUCCUACCUCCAUCACUGAUGCAAUGAUUGACACGGCACCAGAUGCCACAGUAACAGUUGAUGUGACAACAUAUGAAGCAACUUCUAUGGAUCUAACUAUGGAAGAGAAUAUGAAGAAUAAUUCAUCUAUGCAGUUAAGUUUGUCAAGUAACCUGAUGUCGGCUGAUGUGGUUCUCCAGCAAAGUCGUUUAACGCUUGAAUUGUUCAGUAAAGUUUUUCUUGAAGAUGUUGGUGCAGAACCAAAGUCAAUUCUUCAUGAACUUGGUGGAUUUGAGGUUCGGGAAUCGAAGUUCAGGAAAAUGAUGGAGAAAUUGCGAACCGGUCAUUCCAUCGACCUCCAGCUAAAUGUUGAGCGGCCGAGGGAUUCUCUCAUCCGGCAAACUUUCAAACAGCUUAACCAACAUUUUAAGAGGAGAUGUGGAUCUUCACAGCCUAUGGCAGUGGUCAGGGUAAAAGUUAUCUUCAAAAAUGAACCAGGUGAAGGGACAGGAGUAGCUCGUAGUUUUUACACAGCUAUUUGUGAGGCUUUGCUCUCUUCUGAGAGGUUGCCACUUAUGGAUGGUGUGCUGCCGGGCAAGCCAGCGCGCAUGAGUGCUACCACUAUGCACCCCAUGCUCGUGGCGAGACUUUAUAAAAGUGAGCGUGAAAGGGAACAAAGAACAAGGACAGGUUCCCCUUCAAGUGGGGGUAUGGGCACCACAAACCUGAGGUCGUAUUUAUCUGCAAGGUACAGGGAGAGAAAUGCCGGGGGUCGAAGGGUAUUCACCACUUCUGGACCCACACCUCUGCUACUCUCUGCCCCACCGUACUUUAAAAAAUCAUCUUCAAGGGCGAACCGAGCAUACGAGCGCAGCAAACAAGCAAUUGGUGAAAGACUUUAUCCAAAAGUGAUGGCAAUACACCCUGUGUGGGUGCCAAAGAUUACUGGAAUGCUCUUGGGCCUCCCAGCCUAUGAGCUCUUAUUGCUGCUAAGAAGUGAACGCAACCUCUACGACCGAGUUCACCAAGCUGCAAGUCUUCUGGAUGAAGUCCAUUAUGACCCUUUACAAGAUGAUAAUGCUGGCGGUACCACUACCACUACUGGCAGGCAAGAGUCAGCCGCUGGCCAGGGUAGCAGGCCUGGUAGCGCAACAGGGGAAUCCCGUAAUGAUAGUAAAUUAGAGGAAAAGAAAGCAUUGGAUAAGAAGGGAGAGGAAGCAUCUGUGAAUGAGGAGGUGGAUGGAGGUCCUCCACUCUUCUUCCAGCCAGGUAAAAGAGGGAUGUACGCUCCUACAUCAUGGGGGGAGAUGACAGACACACGUUUGAACGCGUAUCGUAACGUGGGUCGUAUCUUGGGGUUAUGUCUGCUACAAAACGAACUAUCCCCACUACCACUGUGCCGACAUGUGCUUAAAGUUAUUCUGAAUAGAAAAGUCAACUGGCAUGACCUCGCAUUUUUUGAUCCGACCUUGUACGAAAGUUUGCGUCAGUUAGUUUUGGACGGGGAGUCUGAGGACGGUGGUGUGUUGGAUGCGUUGGAACUUACAUUCUCUGUCGAUCUUCAACCAGAAGAAGGCGGUCAGCAGGUGUCUCUAAUACCCGACGGUGACGCAAUUCCUGUCACCAAGUCCAACGUGAGAGAUUACGUGCGCAGGUACGCCCUCCAGCGAAUGCUUGUUUGCUGCAAAAAGCCAUUGGAAAAAAUAAGACAAGGUGUCUACGAUGUGUUGCCCAAAUCUGCCCUGCAGUCAAUCACGGCUGAAGACCUUCGCUUGUUGGCGAACGGCUGCGGCCACGUUGGCGUCCAUACAUUAAUCAGCUACACACUAUUCAACGACGAAAGUGGAAAAAAUGGUACAUCUGCCGAAAAACUUACUCAAUUCAAGCGCUGGUUUUGGUCGGUGGUUGACCGCUUCAGCGCAGUUGAGAGGCAGGAACUUCUUUAUUUCUGGACCGGAUCCCCCGCUCUUCCAGCAAGCGAGGAUGGAUUUCAGCCCAUGCCUACGAUCACCAUACGACCUCCAGACGACCACCACUUACCUACUGCCAAUACUUGCAUAUCUCGCCUGUAUGUUCCACUAUAUUCAUCGAGGAAAAUUCUUCGGCACAAGCUCGGCAUUGCCAUAAAGACAAAGAAUUUCGGUUUCGUCUGAUGACGUCGUAACCAAUAUGACGUCAACACUUACAUGACGUCAUUAAUGUUGUUGGAAAUUCUCUUCACAUCAAAAGUUCGUUCCAGGAAAAAAACUGUUUUUGUUAAAAUCGCCCACUUGAAAUUUCACGGAGUGGAACAAUAAAAGAGUUUUAACCGAA